UAGGCCAAUACCGUGACCCGAAUUCUAACUUGCAAAGGGUUCUGCUUAUCGCCCACGAUAAACCCCAUUGCCGCCGACAGAGAAUCUUUUGAUUUCCCACGGAAAUAAAUGCAACUUUCUCAAACGCCAUCAAUUAAACAAAGAAAAAGAAAAGCCCCCGAAAGUCUUAAUUUAUAUUUAUUCAUUAAUCUAAAUUUAAAAAGUUAUUAAAUUUUCACACAGCUCCCUGCUCCCCUGUAUUUAGAUCAAGCAGGCAGGCACAGAUCUAGAUCUUGCUCUAAGAGAUCUCUCGGACUAAGCCGCGCGUUCUUAUUAGUCCCUGGUUUGUAACUGUUAUAUAAUCAUGUCAAGGAGACCAGUAAAUCCUGCUCGACGCAUUGCUGACGAUGGAAGCAUUCCGUUUAUUGGUGUAGUGCAAUCCAAAUCACGCUCAUCACCCCUACUAUCUAUUGGGCUAGUGGUCGUGGGUGCAAUCAUUCUUAUUGGUUAUUCCUACAGUGGUUCAGGUAGACCAAGCAGAGAUAUACACACUCUGAGUGAAAUUGAAGGUGGUGUUUCAUGCACAUUAGAAGUCCCAAGAGCAUUACCUAUUCUAAAAAAAGCUUAUGGUGACAGCAUGCGCAAAGUAUUACAUGUGGGCCCUGAUACCUGUUCAGUGGUAUCAAAAUUAUUGAAAGAAGAGGAUUCUGAAGCAUGGGGUGUUGAACCGUAUGAACUGGAUGAUACUGAUGCUAACUGCAAGAAUCUUGUGCGUAAAGGCAUAGUCCGUGUGGCCGAUAUCAAGUUUCCUCUUCCCUACAGGGAAAAAUCAUUUUCUCUUGUUAUAGUGUCAGAUGCACUGAAUUACUUGUCCCCAAAGUACCUCAACAAGACCCUUCCAGAGCUGACAAGGGUAUCUGCGGAUGGUGUGGUUAUAUUUGCUGGCUAUCCAGGUCAGCAAAGAGCUAAAGUUGCAGAGUUAUCCAAAUUUGGCCGUCCAGCAAAACUGCGAAGCUCGUCUUGGUGGAUAAGGUACUUCGUUCAGAACAGGUUAGAGGAGAAUGAAGCUGCCUUAAAGAAGUUUGAACAGGCUUCAACCAAGAGGUUGUAUAAGCCAGCCUGCCAAGUAUUCCACCUCAAAUCAUAAACAAUAAAAGCAUUGCAUCUUCACUUUCUAGCUUGUGGGACCAAGGCAUUUUGCAAGCAUUUUCAGCACCCAAUGGGUAAGCUUUUAUUCUGUGGGAAUUACAGAGCCUAAUUUUGUCUUCCGACCAUGAGACAAUAGAUCUAAUAACCAAUGUAUUUAUUGAUGAAAGUAUGUUAUGGCUUCAGAAAAAGGUUUUAGCUCCCUGACACUGGUUUGUAGUAUUUCCAAUGAUAAAUGUUUCAGCUGUAUGAACUCGCUUUUGUUUCGUAA